AUGAGCAACGAAAUUUCCAUUGGAAGCUUGACUGCUGAUAGCAUUGCAAAUUGGAUCCUAACGGAAACUUCUGCUCAAUUCCAAGAAGAUGAUCUUUAUGAUAUUAUUCGCAAUUUAAUUAAAAAUCAAACGAUUAAUUUUGACGAAUUUCAAAGCCAAAUGAUAAAAUUAUUCCCAGAAGAUGCAGAAAAAUUAGUUUCAGAUCUCAAAAGAUUUCUAAAUGCUUCAUUAGAGCCUGCUCCUUCGAAUAAUUUCUAUGAAAAUAGCCAAACUAAUGAUAAUUAUGAAACUCCAGCAGGAGAAUAUAAUAACGAAGGAUCACCCAAAGAUUACCCACUGGGAUCUCCAAAUGAAGAUGAAGAGAAAGAAAAAUCUUCACAUUCAAAGUCAAAAAAGCACCAUAGUAAGCAUCACAGUCAUCAUCACCACCAUCACCAUAAACAUCAUCGUUCGUCUUCCGAAGCAUCUGAUAGCGACAAUCCAGAAGAAAAACCUCCAGGAGAAACUCUACCAAAUGAUCCAAUGGAACCACAUGUACCCGAUCCAAACGUUUUCACUCAAGAUGAAAUCAAUGAUAUAAAGAAAUCAGCGCGUUCAAUCUUCCAAAACAUGGUAUCUCAAUUUGGAAAAAGUCAAUACGAACCACAAAUCAGACAACCGCGUCCAGAUGAUGGCGGUUCAGCUCGCCGUAGAGAUAAUAGACCUUCUGACAAUUAUAAUAGAAAUGAUGACAGAAAUCGCGAUAAUUCUAGACAAUACGAUGACUCUUACAAGCGUUACGAUGAUUCAAACCGUAUGCAAGAUAAUGAUAGAUACUACGACUCAAAGAGAAGAGAUUAUGACUCAAGAGACAACGAUUACGACUCAAAGAGAAGAGAUUACGAUACAAGAGAUAGCGAUUACGAUUCUAAUAGAUAUGGAGAUAAAUCCAGCAGAUACGAACCUGAUCAAUGGCGUAGAUCAGAAAAUUCAAGAAAUUAUGACGACAAAUCCAGACGAAGAAAUGAAUCUUCAACUAGAUUUGAAGAAGACCCAAGGAAGCGCAGUGAUUCAAGAGAUUUUGAAGAAGAUCCUAGAAAACGAAAUGAUUCUUACAGAUAUGAUGACCCAAGGAAGCGUGGAGAUGCAAGAGUAUUUGAAGAAGAUCCAAGGGAACCUUCAAAUAGAUAUGAUGAUCCAAGAAAACGCAGUGAAUCAAGAGGAUUUGAAGAAGAUCCGAGAAAACGUGUAGAUACAUCAAGAAGAUUCGAACCACCUAAAUAUCCUCCACUAGGACAUGUAUUCAUUGAUCCAACAAGAGGACAACAGCCUCCAUUCAUUUUUCCUGUUCCACUUCACCCAUAUCCUCACAUGCUUCCUAUCAACGCGAUGCCUCCUUUGCCUCCAAUGCCAAUGGACAAUCCUCCUUUCCACAGAACAUCUGAUUACGCUGUAGAUCCUAGAGAUUCUCGAGAUUCAAGAGAUUCUAGAGACUCGAGGGACUCAAGAGAUUCAAGGAGCUCAAGAAAGCAUAGUCAUGAUCGCUACAGACAUUAG